AGAGCAGGGUCACCGCGCCCAUCUCUGCUGUCUGAUGGCCGGAGCGAGAGGCUGACAUAGCGAACGCAGAAGAACCACUCCAGCACCGGAGAACGACGAGUGUGGGACGUACAAGAAAGGCCGAAUUUGGACCGAGCGUUGUGUUGGCCACAUUUACCACAAGGCAUCUGCGUGACGCUCGCGUUAUUUGGGCUAGAAUCGGAGCGGUUGCAGCUGUCGCGGCUGCGGGUUCGGGGAGUGCCGCUCUCCGCUGACUGACUGACGGACUGUCUGCAGGUCGGGCAGCUGUGGAUCCCUGUUCGCUGUUUACAGUAAAUGAUAGAUACACAACGAACUGUCCCGACAGAACACAGAUCAGUGAGAGCGCCAGUGAGCGGACGGAGUGAAGCCAUCGCCUAGCAGAAGAAAAUGAGCGAACUCGACCAGUUACGUCAGGAGGCUGAACAGCUGAAAAACCAGAUCAGAGAUGCACGGAAAGCAUGUGCGGAUGCCACCCUCUCUCAGAUCACAGCUAAUAUUGAGCCUGUGGGGCGGAUUCAGAUGCGCACUAGACGGACACUGAGGGGACACUUGGCAAAGAUCUACGCCAUGCACUGGGGCACUGACUCAAGGCUUCUUGUUAGUGCUUCCCAGGAUGGAAAACUAAUUAUCUGGGACAGCUAUACUACAAACAAGGUGCACGCCAUUCCGCUGCGUUCCUCGUGGGUGAUGACUUGCGCCUAUGCGCCGUCUGGAAACUAUGUGGCCUGUGGAGGCUUGGAUAACAUUUGCUCCAUCUACAACCUGAAGACCCGCGAGGGGAACGUGCGUGUCAGCCGUGAGUUGGCUGGACACACAGGCUAUCUGUCCUGCUGCCGCUUCCUGGACGAUAACCAGAUUGUCACUAGCUCAGGCGACACCACCUGUGCUCUGUGGGAUAUUGAGACCGGCCAGCAAACAACCACAUUUGCAGGUCACACCGGUGACGUAAUGUCACUGUCUCUGGCCCCAGAUACGCGUCUGUUUGUGUCAGGCGCCUGCGACGCCUCUGCUAAGCUGUGGGAUGUCAGAGAAGGCAUGUGCAGGCAAACUUUCACUGGCCACGAGUCCGACAUCAACGCCAUCUGUUUCUUUCCCAAUGGAAAUGCGUUUGCCACGGGCUCGGACGACGCCACCUGCAGGCUGUUUGACCUGCGUGCCGAUCAGGAGCUGAUGGUUUAUUCUCACGACAACAUCAUCUGUGGGAUCACCUCCGUGGCCUUUUCCAAAAGCGGACGCCUGCUGCUCGCUGGCUACGACGAUUUCAACUGCAACGUGUGGGAUGCUCUUAAAGCCGACCGCGCAGGAGUUUUGGCGGGUCACGAUAACCGUGUCAGCUGCUUGGGUGUAACUGAUGACGGGAUGGCUGUGGCUACAGGCUCCUGGGAUAGUUUCCUUAAGAUCUGGAAUUAAAGCCGUAAGAUCGCAUCCGGACUCUAAGGUUGACUGGAAGACCAUUCCAAAAUGAAAAUGUUCAAUUUUAUUCCCCUCUCUCCUUCUCAAACACAACAGAACUGACCCCAACAUCUAUAAAUGACAAAAGAGCAAAAAUUUCUUCUUUGGGAAAAAAAGAAAACAAAACAAAAGAGCACAAUUGUUACACUCAGCUAGAUUGUAGUCGGUAAGUGGAUAAAAGUUGGUAAUUGUGCAUCCUUCCGGGACCAUUUUCUGAUAUUGUAUUGAGAGAACAUAAGACACUCAUUCCACUGCUGUUGUCAUUAUGCUAACGUCAUCUAUCUUUAACAUGAAAACAGGCGGUUUUUCUAAAAGAAACUAGCUCGAUAGCUUUAUGGGCCUUUUUUGGACCUCUCCCCCCCAGUCAGGAUCGCAGGCGUGCUUUUAUCUUCUAGUUUUUCAAUGUAUUGGGAUCAAAUUUAUAGUCGAGACUUAAAACGAGUGUGCAGUUCUCGAUGUCGUCCAGAUCUGUCACACCGCUUAUUUACCGAUUUGAUCAGGGGUCCACUAGCUGCUAUCAGGCCUGUAUGUUUAGUCCCAGGAAAUUUGAUUAUCAAUGUUUUUGUUUGUUUUUUUUAGUUGCAAGUUUUCAUUUGCACAAGUAAUACAGUUUUUGCGAAUACGUUAACUAACCAAGCACGUGCUGUUCAUGAUGACGAAUGCUUGAUUUUCAAAGAUGAAACCAUGUCAAUUUUAACCAUACUUCUCCUCAUGCUUUUUUUGGAAAAUGUAGAGUAAUUCAAUGAAGAUUAACCAAUCAUUUUAAUAAUUUUAUUUUAUAUUUUUCUUAUCUUUGAUGUGGAGGAUGUUGAAGGAGGGGUGGGCAGUUCUUCAUUUUUUUUUUUUUUUUUUUUUUUU